AUGCAAUUCACCGUUCUUGCUGCUGCCCUUGCUGUCUUCACUGGUGUUCUUGCCAGUCCCGUGGUUGAAACAGCCGAGGCUCCGGCCGCUCCCAAAGCAGCCGAAACUGCUGAAGCCGCACAAACUUGGCCCUUGUACCGUGGAUAUGGCGGGUACGGCGGAAUCAACGCCAACGUUGGAUUCAACGCAAACGCCGGAUUCAACAACGGGUACAACGGGUACAACGGUCAACACGGCAAUGGUCAAUUCAGCAACAGGCAAUUCGGCAACGGCCAAUUCGGCAAUGGCCAGUUCGGCAACAGUCAAUUCGGCAAUGGUCAAUUCGGCAACAGCCAAUUCGGCAACAGCCAAUUCGGCAACGGCCAAUUCGGCAACGGCCAAUUCGGCAAUGGCCAGUUCAGCAACGGCCAAUUCGGCAAUAGCCAAUUCGGCAACGGCCAACUCGGCAAUGGUCAGUUCAGCAACGGCCAAUUCGGCAACGGCCAAUUCGGUAAUGGUCAGUUCGGUAGCAACGGAUGGGGCAGAUACGGCGGUAACAGCGGAUACAGCGACUACAACUCCCAGCAACGUCAAGGGUACAGCAACUACUACAACAACUACUAGUUGAUGGCUCCUGACCAUUGCAUGCCGCUGUUAGCUCCAUCCUGCAAUCUGCCAUCGUGAAUUGCACUUUUUAUUUCGGACAAUUUUUAUUUCUUUAAACUUCUUAUUAUGUAACCUUAAGUAGCUAGCUACUGCGCAAAUUACAGUGAUUAUUAUUCCUUUC